CCGGGUCAAUGGGCGGGGUGUGCGUCGGGACAAUUACAAAAACAGAGGCCAUGAUAGGAAGGUGCCUACGCGAGGUCAGGAGCUUGGAAAGGGAUGAAAAGACCACAGAACUACUAAAUGUUGCUCUCUAGGAACUCGCUUUUAGUUCAGACCGAGUGACACUCCCCCCGUUUCACCAUGGGCAAGAAGGGCAAGGUCGGGAAGAGCCGGCGGGACAAGUUCUAUCACCUGGCGAAGGAGACCGGUUACCGCUCCCGUUCCGCUUUCAAGCUGAUCCAGUUGAAUCGCCGCUUUCAGUUCCUGCAGAAAGCUCGAGCCUUGCUGGACCUGUGUGCUGCGCCAGGGGGAUGGUUGCAGGUGGCUGCUAAGUUUAUGCCUGUAUCCAGCCUUAUUGUAGGAGUGGACCUGGUUCCAAUCAAGCCUCUUCCCAAUGUGGUGACACUCCAGGAGGACAUCACGACAGAACGCUGUAGACAGGCCCUGAGAAAGGAACUGAAGACCUGGAAAGUUGAUGUUGUGCUCAAUGAUGGGGCCCCCAACGUUGGGUCUAGCUGGGUCCAUGAUGCUUACUCACAAGCCCAUUUGACACUGAUGGCUCUGCGUUUGGCUUGUGAUUUUCUGGCCCGUGGAGGAUGCUUUAUCACAAAGGUUUUUCGUUCCCGUGACUAUCAGCCUCUACUGUGGAUCUUUCAGCAACUCUUCCGCCGUGUCCAGGCCACUAAGCCCCAAGCCUCUCGACACGAAUCUGCAGAGAUCUUUGUUGUUUGCCAAGGAUUCCUGGCUCCUGACAAGGUUGACAGUAAAUUCUUUGACCCCAAGUUUGCCUUCAAGGAGGUCGAAGUUCAGGCCAAGACUGUUACUGAGCUGGUGACUAAGAAGAAGCCAAAGGCUGAGGGUUACGCUGAGGGCGAUCUCACACUCUACCACCGUACUUCAGUCACUGACUUCCUCCGAGCUGCCAACCCGGUUGACUUCCUCUCGAAAGCCAGCGAAAUCUCACUGGAUGAUGAAGAGUUGGCCCAGCAUCCAGCUACCACUGAGGACAUCCAGGCGUGCUGUCAGGAUAUCAAAGUGCUGGGGCGCAAGGAGCUCAGGUCCCUCCUGAACUGGAGAACAAAGCUCCGGCGAUACAUGGCUAAGAAGCUGAAGGAGCAAGCGAAGGCCCUGGACAUCAGCCUCAGUUCGGGAGAGGAAGAGGAGGAAGAGGGUGAGGAGGAGUCUAAGGCUGGAACUGGGCAGCAGCUCUCUAAGGAGGACGAAGAGGAGGAACAAUUAAACCGGACCCUGGCGGAGAUGAAGGCGCAGGAGGUGGCCGACUUAAAGAGGAAGAAGAAGAAGCUGCUGCGUGAGCAGAGGAAACAGCGGGAGCGUGUGGAGCUGAAGAUGGAUCUUCCCGGGGUUUCUAUUGCAGAUGAGGGGGAGACUGGCAUGUUCUCCCUGCGCACCAUCCGGGGUCACCAGCUGUUGGAGGCGGUCACCCAAGGGGAUAUGAGCGCUGCAGACACGUUUCUGUCCGAUCUGCCAAGAGAUGACAUCUACGUGUCCGAUGUUGAGGACGACGACGACGAUGCAUCUCUAGAGAGUGACCUGGAUCCAGAGGAGCUGGCUGGAGUUGGAGGAUCUCAGCAUCUAAAGGACCAGAAGCGGUACGUGGGGGGCUGUGCAAGCAGAGGCCUUGACGCCCUCGGCAUGAGCCCUGAAGCAGAGCUGGGCAUAGGGGUCGCCAGAGGGAGUUGGAGAGCAGGUCCCCCAGCCCCUACCCACUGUCCUUGGGUCUACAGUGUACGAUUUGCUGAAGUAGAAGAUGAUAACAAAGAAGAGGAGGAAGAGAAUCCACUGCUGAUACCGCUGGAGGAAAAGACGGUAGCGCAGGAAGAACAGGCCAGUCUGUGGUUCUCUAAGGUAGGAAGGGGCUUGGGGACCCGGACAGACCAGGAAUUCGCAGGAGACCGGUGGCUGAGCCUUCCCCUCUCCCAGGACGGCUUCAGUGGGAUCGAGGACGAUGCCGACGCGGCGCUGGAGAUCCGGCAGGCCCAGCUCCUGUCUGAGAGCCGUCGGGAGGCACGACGGCAGGAGCCCCCCCCGCCUCCCAGUCUGAAGACUGAGAAGAAACCUCCCCAGCACCGGGACGAAGACUCCAAGGGGCCAGAGGCUCUAGCAGCAGCCAAGACGGCCCCUGGGCCCGGCGAGGAAGGGGACGGCAGCUCGGACAGCGACAGCGACAGCAGCAGCGACGAAGAAAGUUGGGAACCCAAGCGCGGGAAGAAGCGAAGCUGCAGGCCUAAGUCCGAUGACGACGGGUUUGAGAUUGUGCCUAUCGAGGACCCAGCGAAACAUCGGGUACUAGAUCCUGAAGGCCUGGCCCUAGGUGCUCUCAUUGCCUCUUCCAAAAAGGCCAAGCGGGAUCUCAUAGAUGACUCCUUCAGCAGGUACGCAUUUAAUGAGGAGGAGGGGGAGCUUCCUGAGUGGUUUGUGCAAGAGGAGAAGCAGCACAGGCUCCGGCAGCUGCCUGUUGACAAGGAGGAGGUGGAACACUACCGCAGACGCUGGCGGGAGAUCAACGCGCGGCCCAUCAAGAAAGUAGCUGAGGCGAAGGCCAGAAAGAAACGCAGGAUGCUUAAGAAGCUGGAGCAAACCAAGAAAAAGGCAGAGGCUGUGGUGAACACCGUGGACAUCUCAGAACGCGAGAAAGUAGCUCAGCUUCGGAGUCUCUACAAGAAGGCCGGGCUCGGCAAGGAGAAACGCCAAGUCACCUACGUGGUAGCCAAAAAGGGCGUGGGCCGCAAAGUGCGCCGGCCAGCCGGGGUCCGAGGCCACUUCAAGGUGGUGGACUCAAGGAUGAAGAAGGACCAAAGAGCACAGCAAAGGAAAGAGCAGAAGAAAAAACACAGACGGAAGUGAGCAGAGCCACCAGGGCCCCUGAGAAGACAGCAUGAGGACACGGAGGUGUGAUUCCGGCCCCCCUGGUACCAGCUAUAGGCUUCCUUGUGUCGGAGUCUGCUGGAAGACAGGUGGGGUGCCUAGAAGUCUCGCGGUGGUCCUGCGGGGUGAGGGAAGAUGUUCCUCUGCCUGAAGGAAGGUCUUGGGCCAUGUCCCGUUGGUGCUGCUGUUGGCACCCCCCACCGGCCCCAAGCUCUCUUGUUCGGGACGUGGAGACUAGAUGAGCAGUCUCCUGAGGGGAAGGUCGGCGUCGGAGUGGCAGUCACUCUCCGGGCAAGCUGGCCUCUCAGGCCUCCCCCAUCCUCUUCUGUUAUCUGAAUAAAACCAGGGUAGUAUUUUUCUGA